CAAACAAAUACGAGUACAAUUUUUAAAUUUACCUCUUAUUAUUAUACAAAGUAAAUUAAGACAUCCAAUGUGAAAUAUCUAGAUAAUACUUCUAUUCUCUUAUAUUAAUUUAAAAUGCAAGUCUAUUUUCCCCCGUUUUUAUAAAACUCAAACUCAUCCAAGCAAUGCAAGAAGAAAUACUAUAUAAAUUAAUCAUACUGUAAUAGGGUGCAACCUACUAGAUCCUCUCUCGUUCUUACAGUGAUGACUAAGCGUGGACUUUACCCGAAGAAUAAAAUUAAAAAAAAAACAAAAAAAAAAACCUCGUUAGCCCUAAAAUCUAAAUCCCACCAAAACACAGUACAACACUGAAGAAAAAACCCAUGAACAAGUGAGGAUAUUCAGCCAAAAAAAAAAAAAAAAAAAGUCUCAUUUGAUCCUUCAAAUCUCGAACAUUAAAUACUGAAAAAAAAAGACCGUCAAAAAAGAAUCAAGAUCUGUAACUUUCCCACUUAGCUAAUGACUCCAAAGCUUUGAUAGUUUUUUUUUGGACCAACAUCACUUUCAUCAAUGGCAAGUUCACAUAAAGGCAAGAUUUUCUUGUUUUCUUUGCUUUUGUUAUUUCAAGUUUUAUGGGAUUUUAGAGCUUUUGGUGAACCUGUUGUAGUUGAAGACAAGUUGGAGAAUCUUGGGGUUGAACAGAAAUUUGAACACGUUUUAGAUGUGUUAAAAAGAAACCAACUUCAAUUAGAAAAGCAAGAAAAUUUUAACAUGAAGCUACUAGGGCUUGUGGAAAAUCUUACCUUGCUUGUUUCUAGGUUGGAAUCAAGAUUACCAGAGUACCCUAAAGAUAAAAACUUGGAAGAUAAAAAGCAGAGUUCUAAAGUGAUUAAAGAGGUUGUUUUUGAUGAGAAAUUGGAGAAAAAGAAGAUUGGAGGUAGUUUAGAGAGUAAGGUAGUAAAUGAAGAUAAAAUGGGAGCAGUAUCAGUUACUAAGUAUAGUCCUCUUUGGUUGGAGAGGUUUCAGUUUAUAUCAGCAGUGAGAUUGGGAUCAGAUGCAACUAGCAUUAAUGUGUUGCCAUUUAGGGAUGCUGAAGGACUGAGUAAGUAUGUUGCUAUUGGCGAUGAUCGCGGGAAAGUGUAUGCGUUCUCCAGAAAUGGAGAAGUUUUGGUUGAUUUUCAGACGUCGUUGAGUUCGCCAAUAACGGCUUGUGUAUCGUACUUGUCUGUUUAUAAGAACGAGAGUGUGGUUGUUACGGGGCAUGAAAAUGGCGGGAUUUUGAUGCAUCGAAUUUGGGAGGUAGUUCCUGAUGGUGACGACAGGGCUGUUCUUCAUAUGGAAACUGUAAGGAAACUUGCAUCACCAGAAAUCGAGGAAGGUGGAUAUUCGAUUGCGAGUUUAGAAUUGCAUCAUGUUGGGAGAAAUAGGUAUAUCUUGUCCACAGAUUCCGGCGGGAAACUUAGGGUUUUUAGGGAGAAUGGGACGGUUUAUGGGUCGACAACACCACGAAGCAGGCCACUUGCGUUCUUAAAACAGAGGCUUCUAUUUCUAACCGAGACUGGUGCAGGGUCAUUAGACUUAAGGACCAUGAAGAUUAGGGAAUCUGAGUGUGAAGGUUUAAACAAUUCUAUUGCUAAGAGUUAUGUUUUUGAUGCAACUGAACGUUCAAAAGCGUAUGGGUUUACAUCUGAUGGUGAUUUGAUUCAUGUGUUACUCUUAGGUGAUAAUAUGAAUUUCAAGUGCAGGGUUAGAUCCAAAAGGAAGUUAGAUAUGGCUGAGCCUCUAUCGUUUCAGGCGAUCAAAGGAUAUUUGCUUAUUGCUAACCAGGAAAGGGUAUCGUUGUAUAAUGUGUCAUCGCAGCAUUAUGUCCGGUCUGGUGGGCCCAGGCUUUUAUUCUCUGCUGGUCAUGAUGAGAUUGUAGCAUCAUUUUUGAACGCUCAAUCUUUGGAACUAAAUGAUAAAAGUAGAAAGGUGAUUCCUUUAGUAGCCAGUGAUCAAGAAAAGCUCGUUAUUCUUGGAUUGGGAAGUGGUUACUUGGGGAUAUAUCGAUCAAACCUUCCAGUUUUAAAAAAUGAGUUCAACCACAUGCUGUGGACGAGUCCUGUUUUAUUUUUCCUCAUUUUCCUUUCAGCUGCAUAUUAUUUUUUUUCCAAGAAAAAGGAAGUUCUUACAUCCUGGGGACCUGACGAUCCUUUCACUUCUGCAAGUGUAACAAAUGGGGCUCCAGUGGGACCCAUCCAGGGUGAGAGAUCUUAUGCUGACUCAUCGAGGAAUUCAGAUCUUAUGGAUCUAAGGGGUAGCAGCCUUAGAGGUCCAUCUGGAAGGUAUGUCUCUCCAUCUCGCUAUUCUGGUGGACCGGCAAGUGCUUAUAGAUCAAAUUCUGCUGAUACAAAUUCUAGGCCUUCCUCUGUCGAUCCCAACUUUAGAACUACCUCAGAGUUGAAAUUUAGGGGUUCAAAUCUAGAAACACCAGGUUAUCCAAAAAGGAGAGAUAACCUGUUUGUGAGCAGUCAAAUCGUUGAUGAUGGCAAGUAAUCUGUAGCUCAUGCCAGGUACAUGUGUUAAAUUCAGCACCAUAGCUGUAUCUGUAACUUUGCAACGGUUACUUGUGGUCAGGGGAAAUAAAAUGAACAUUUUGAUCUUUCA